GUGCUAUUCUACCAGAGCAUUACGGUAUUUAUGCAACCCGCGGGGCGGAGGUUUACGUAACCGUUCUGUUGUCACGUGGCCGGUCGGAGGAACGGACGCCCCGGUCGUAGCCGCAGUUACCCUUUAAACCCCCGCGUGUGUCCGCACGGAGACAUGGCGGCCUUCGCUUCGAGGCUGUUCCCGGCGGCGAUGGGAAGGUUCUGCGGCGCGCGCUCACCUGCCCGCGCGCUCUCGCGUACCCCGAAAGUAACCGGAACCGGCGCCCUGGCGGGCCAGGGGGACCGAUUCGGCGGCGUGACCGUGGACCUGGCCGACACCGGUCUACCGGAGGACGUCAGCGAAAGCUCGUUCGGCAGAUUGCUUCAAGGCUCGCUGGCCCAGUGGAAAGCCGAGGGGAAAGUGGCGGUGUGGCUCCGGGUGCCCAUCUCCAUGAGCCGGUGUGCCGCCGCCGCCUCCGCCCACGGCUUCACCUUCCAUCACGCCAAACGGGACCACGCCGUGUUGGCCCUCUGGAUGGGGGACGGGGAGAGCAGGCUGCCGGGGUUCGCGACUCACCAAAUUGGAGUGGCAGGUGCAGUUGUUGAUGAAUCGAAUGGAAAAGUUCUUGUGGUCCAAGACAGAAACAAGACAAAGAAUGCGUGGAAGUUCCCCGGCGGCUUGUCUGAUCCGGGAGAAAAUAUCGGGGCCACCGCUGUCCGGGAAGUCUUUGAGGAGACCGGCGUCCGCUCCGAGUUCAAGUCGCUGCUCAGCAUCCGGCAGCAGCACGACCACCCCGGCGCCUUCGCCAUGUCGGACAUGUACAUCAUCUGCCGGCUGCGCCCGCUCAGCUACGACAUCGACUUCUGCACCCAGGAGUGUCUGCGCUGCGAGUGGCUGGAGCUGGCCGAGCUGGCCCGGACGGACCGCACCACGCCCAUCACCUCCCGCGUGGCCCGGCUCCUGCUGCGCGGCCUGGAGCGCGGCUUCGGCGAAAUCGACCUGGUCAUGGAGGAGCUGCCCGCCGUCUACUCGGGGGUGUUUUACCAGCUGUACCUCAGGCCGCUGAAAGGCUAGCGGGGUUAGCACGCCGCGGCUACACGCGUUGACAGUCAGUGUUACUGGUAUUUGAGGAGUAGUCGAGGCUGGAAUUGGGGUUGCAGUGUGUUUUUGAUUUUUUUUUUCUUCAGCGCCAGCUGGAAGCUCUGAAGAAAUAUGGUGCCAAUCUUUUU